CUUGGCGCAAGGCUAGCCUGAGUUUCUUCCGACUGUGUGGACGAUCCAUCCUGGAGUGUUGCAGCAUCUGCGGGCUGCAUCCAAAGGUACUUCUGUGCGACGGCAUCGCUGGUCUGGCUUGCGCCGACGGCGGGCGCCAGAAAGGAGGGUUGGCAGGCACCAGCGCGGCGGCUGUGCGCCCAUUCACAGCGCCGAGCCAGGAUUCUGCUGGGGUCAACGUAGAGAAGACCAUGGAGGCGGGCGUCAACUUCUGCGCUGCGUCUCUCGAGGGGCGGGGGAUGAAGCGGCGUCUUGUGAUCCAGCCUGAGCUGCGGACGCUGCUUGCGCGGUUCAGUGGACAUCAUCCAAAGGACCCCGACCUUGGGAAGCCCCUCGCUCAAAAGGAGUACGUGGAGUUGCUUGUUGCGCUGGAGCGGGCUGACGUCGAAGUGGUGGCCGGCUUCGUGGCAGACCCAGCUGAUGCUGAUGCAGACCCCAUUCUCCUUCACUGGAGGCGGCGGAUCUUGACGGAGCAGGUUGGGCAGAUCCGCUCAAAGAACGAAGCCGUGCUCGAGCUCCUUGAUGGGAUUGAGCGAGAGGCGAUGCGUGAGAACUUGCGCUGGCCCCCGCGCUGCCCCGGCAAGUGGUCCGAGCUGCUCUAUGGGCUGGGCACCCCUCUCUCCGUCUCGGACGAUUCGAAUCUCAUUCAGCACGGACGGGCGCUGGCUGUCGUGCGAAAGCUCCUCCUCGGGGGCGCAGCAAACGGCGAAGACAAAGCCACCUUGGCUGAGCAUGCGCCAGUCUUGCGGCGCCUGCUCGACCACUACGGUGAUGUCUACCCGGACUUCUUCAUGCCCGCUCUGCACCACCUGUAUCGGCUGACUUUGUUUGGCCGCGGAGCGUGCGGCCUGGGAAUUGGGCGAGCGGGGUGGGCCCUCUCGGCCAUCGAAGGGCUUGACUACUGCGUGAGGCUGGCCAGAGCGUUUCGAACGCAGCAAAACGUCCCAAACGCUGAGCAGCUAGAAGUGUUCCGCUUUUGGGAGGCACGUGCCAACGACCUGCUGCCCGGAAUCGAAAGCCUAACCCCUCCAGCCCCACAGCAGUACCCUCUUUCCCAGGCGGAGCUCCAACUUCUGCGAGACAGGUUGGGGCUCGAGGCCGACGGCUCUGAACCUCACGCCCUUCCUUCCGACCACCCGUUCUGUAAAGAGCAACGCAAGCUGGGCUGCUAUCCCCUGCCGGGCUGGGAGCAAAAGCAGCCUCUCCCCCAGUACAAGCCAUUCGAGGACGAGCUUGGGAGGUCCGUUGAUCGCCGAGAAGAACAUCGCUGCCGAAGCGGCCUCACGGUGGGCGAGUUCGAUGCUGAGAUUGCUGCUAAGAGCAGCGUGAAGUCUGCAAAGCGAAUGCAGCAGCACACCAAGGGCGGUUUUGUGUUCUGCUGUCCCCACAGGGUCAUUUACGGGUUCCAUGUCAUGUUGCGGGGCGAGUCCCCUCGAGACCCGUUCACCGUGCUCUACACGCGCGUCCGCCGACGGGACCUCCCUGACUUCCUUAUCUAUGACAACGCAUGCAAGCUACAGGCGUAUUGCAUGAGACGCGAGCCGGCCUUCUUUGCUGAUGUCCGCUUUCUGGUUGACAGAUUCCACUUCCAACGGACCGAUGCUGAGGCGCAUAAGUGUGGGCCGGGGUUCAAUCCGGAUUACUACGACGCCGUGCGCUGGGUCAACACGUCUGCCGUCGAGAGCUGCAACUCCUAUCUUAUCCGAUUCAAAGUGUUAGCAUGGUUCUCUAGUCUAGAUACGUUUUUGGUCAUUCUAGCUAACGUUGUCGGUGGGCGAAACUCGAAGCUAAGGAGAGUCGAUGACCCUAAGUCUCGGAUAGCAGGAAGGGUAGACCGUUGGACCCCAGCCGUACAGGCAGCCCUCUUGAACAGUUGAUAGAACGCGUUUAUUAUUGAGCUUUCAGCGAGCGUGUUUGAUGCUCUUCUUUUCGUUCAUGCGUGGGGAGGAAAAGGAAAGGAACCUAGCAGGACACCUCUAGCACCUUUUACAUACACUUAGCAAUGGAGUAUAUGUAGCAUGAUUGCUCUACAUGCUUCAGAACACCUGGCACCAUUGGCACCUCGGCACCUUUUCUCGCAAGCAUUGACAUGAACGGG